UGGGCUAUAUAAUAGGGCUAUAGUCACAAUCAGUAAAACAAAGAGGCAGCUAUCACAUCUCCACCUUGAUUUUAUCUACUUCCAAAACUUACAACUUACACAAUAUUAAAUUCCGAGAUUCUCCGAAAGACAUUGCAAAACGAACAAGAAAUCAAAUUACAUUGCAGCGGACGACGGCAAUUGCCGACAUCAACCUUUAUUGACCCAAGAGCUAGAGUAUCAGACACGAGCGGCAGAUAUCAUACCCCACCGCAGACCUCUAUCAUGUCGCUACCCAGUCCAGAAACGCAGGCUAAAGUCGCCAGCGACGCUGCAUCAAACUUCGUAGACCACUACUACGAAAAACUCAACCGGCGGCACAAACUAGCUGAGUUCUACGUCAGCGCGUCGCCCAAGCUCACAGCCGCAGCCAUCACGCCAGACAUCAGCAUCAACGGCCACCACGUCGGCAGCGUAGCGGAGGCCGAGGCCCUCUGGGCGAAGCAGGGUCAGCCGACGAGCUACUCGGUCGAGUCGUUCGACGCGCACCCCGUCAACCCGCACUACGUCAUCGGCGCGCCCGAUGCGUCCCUCAGCGACAGGGGCGACAAGCUGAGCAUCGCAAUUCAGGUCGCCGGCGUCGUCAAGUAUGGGAAGGGCGAGGAUGGCAGGGAGCAGGCGUUUAAUGAAGCCUUUAUGCUGGUGCCGCAUUGGGAGGCGCAGGGGCCCAAGGCGCCGAGGGGGAUGAGGAAGUGGCUUGUUGUCAGUCAGAAUUUUCGGUUGCUUUAAGAGCCGGGAGUGUUCAAGAUAAUUAGUAGAUGAGGCCAAAAAAAAGAAAUGGCUACGAUAAAAACCUUAGGCACAUGGACACUACGUCUGGGACGGGCAGAAGAAAAGGAACCUAGACAAUUUCAUUACAUUCAUGAACAGGGUUUGAUUUACUUCCGAUGUUUUCGCUCUGCUGGCCUUAAGAGAAGGGUACCGGCAUGACUCCCUUCCAAGGCUGCGUGGACUGCAGGAGGAGGAUGCAUGAUCAUGGCAGUCACCGGGUACCAAAG